AGGAGAAGACCUGCAGUCAUAGAAAGCAGGACUUGACUUUUUAGGUGUCUUUUCCUGGUCUGCUCUGCCGCUUGUUUUAUGAGCGUUAAUUGUAAUGGCCCAGCAUAGUUGGGCACCUGUACAGCUCCUGGUAUGGCUGGCAGUACCUGAGACUCUUGAAAUCCUCCAGCGUAAGCGGCUGUAAAACUGAAAGGUCACUUAUUGUCGAAGUACAAAGAAAAAGCAGGAAUGCAUCAAAGGAUGGAGGACGAGGCAGUACUGGAUAGAGGGGCUUCCUUCCUUAAACAUGUAUGUGACGAAGAAGAAGUGGAAGGUCAUCACACCAUCUACAUUGGGGUCCAUGUGCCAAAGAGCUAUAGGAGAAGGAGGCGUCACAGAAGAAGACCUGGGCACAAAGAAAAGAAAGAAAAGGAGAAAAUCUCUGAGAACUACUCCGACAAAUCAGAUGUAGAAAACGCUGAUGAGACAAGCAGCAGCAUCCUUAAACCACUCAUCUCCCCUGCGGCCGAACGCAUCCGCUUCAUCCUCGGAGAGGAAGAUGACAGCCCAGCACCCCCCCAGCUCUUCACGGAGCUGGAUGAACUUCUCGCCAUCGAUGGACAAGAGAUGGAAUGGAAGGAGACUGCAAGGUGGAUCAAGUUUGAGGAGAAGGUGGAACAAGGUGGAGAGCGAUGGAGCAAACCUCACGUGGCCACCUUGUCUCUGCACAGCUUGUUUGAGCUAAGGACAUGUAUGGAGAAAGGUUCCAUAAUGCUGGAUAUAGAGGCCACUUCUCUCCCACAGGUGGUGGAAGUGAUUGUUGACAAUCAGAUUGAGACGGGGCUUUUGAAACCAGAACUGAAGGACAAAGUCACCUACACGCUGCUCAGGAAGCACCGGCACCAGACCAAGAAGUCCAACCUGCGUUCUCUGGCUGACAUUGGAAAGACCGUCUCCAGUGCAAGUAGGAUGUUUACCAACCCCGAUAAUGGCAGCCCAGCCAUGACUCACAGAAACCUGACUUCCACCAGUCUGAAUGACAUCUCUGACAAGCCUGAGAAAGAUCAGCUGAAGAAUAAAUUCAUGAAGAAGUUGCCCCGUGAUGCUGAGGCCUCCAACGUGCUGGUGGGGGAGGUGGACUUCCUGGAGGGCCCUUUCAUUGCCUUCGUCCGGCUGCAGCAGGCCGUCAUGUUGGGUGCUCUGACCGAAGUCCCUGUACCUACCCGGUUUCUCUUCAUUCUCCUGGGACCAAAGGGCAAAGCAAAGUCCUAUCAUGAGAUUGGCCGAGCUAUCGCCACUCUGAUGUCGGAUGAGGUUUUUCAUGACAUUGCCUAUAAAGCCAAGGACCGGCAGGACCUGAUUGCUGGCAUUGAUGAGUUUCUGGAUGAAGUCAUAGUGCUCCCUCCUGGGGAAUGGGACCCAGCCAUUAGGAUAGAGCCCCCCAAGUCUCUUCCUUCUUCAGAUAAAAGGAAAAACAUGUACUCUGGUGGAGAGAACCUCCAGAUGAAUGGAGACACACCUCAUGAUGGAGGCCAUGGCGGCGGGGGCCACGGGGACUGCGAAGAACUGCAGCGAACAGGCAGAUUCUGUGGUGGCUUAAUCAAAGACAUCAAGAGGAAAGCACCGUUCUUCGCCAGUGACUUCUACGACGCUUUAAAUAUCCAGGCCCUCUCAGCCAUUCUCUUCAUCUACCUGGCCACAGUGACCAAUGCCAUCACGUUUGGAGGACUGCUUGGGGAUGCUACGGAAAACAUGCAGGGUGUCUUGGAGAGCUUUCUGGGCACAGCUGUCACCGGUGCCAUAUUUUGCCUUUUUGCUGGUCAACCUCUCACGAUCCUGAGCAGCACGGGACCUGUGCUCGUCUUUGAACGGCUCCUCUUUAAUUUCAGCAAAGACAAUGAUUUUGACUACCUGGAGUUUCGUCUCUGGAUCGGCCUGUGGUCAGCCUUCCAGUGUCUCGUCCUUGUCGCUACUGACGCCAGCUUCCUGGUCAAGUACUUCACCCGCUUCACUGAAGAAGGCUUUUCCUCCCUUAUUAGCUUCAUCUUCAUUUAUGAUGCUUUCAAGAAAAUGAUCAAGCUGGCAGAUCAUUACCCCAUCAACUCCGAGUUCAAGGUGGAUUAUAUCACGCAUUACUCUUGUGCCUGUGAACCAUUAGAUCCAGUUAAUAGCUCGUUAUUUAAUGGGACGAUGGUGCCGUCAGCUGAUGAGCUGUUCUCUUCCUCUGCUGGAAUGCACAACUCCACCAUUGACUGGUCAUCUCUGACAACGAAGGAGUGCUUGAAAUACGGAGGGCGACUUGUGGGCAACAACUGCGGAUUUGUUCCUGACAUCACCCUCAUGUCUUUCAUCCUCUUUUUUGGCACUUACACCUGCUCCAUGGCCCUGAAGAAAUUCAAGACCAGUCGCUAUUUUCCAACCACUGCCCGGAAGCUCAUCAGUGACUUUGCCAUUAUCUUGUCCAUUUUGAUUUUCUGUGGAAUAGAUGCCCUGGUAGGUGUGGACACACCAAAACUAAUUGUGCCAAGUGAAUUCAAGCCAACCAGUCCCGAGAGGGGUUGGUUUAUCCCACCUUUUGGAGGGAAUCCAUGGUGGGUCUACCUAGCUGCAGCCAUCCCUGCACUGCUGGUGACCAUCCUCAUCUUCAUGGACCAGCAGAUCACAGCUGUCAUUGUCAACAGGAAGGAGCACAAGCUCAAGAAAGGUGCUGGGUAUCAUCUGGAUUUGUUCUGGGUGGCCAUCCUGAUGAUCGUAUGCUCCUUUAUGGGUCUGCCCUGGUACGUUGCUGCUACCGUGAUCUCCAUUGCUCAUAUUGACAGCUUGAAGAUGGAGACGGAAACUUCAGCCCCUGGAGAGCAGCCCAAGUUUUUGGGAGUGAGGGAGCAGAGGGUCACUGGAAUUAUCGUUUUCAUUCUGACUGGUGUGUCUGUCUUUAUGGCUCCCAUCCUCAAGUUCAUCCCCAUGCCUGUGCUCUACGGCGUCUUCCUCUACAUGGGCGUCGCAUCCCUCAACGGCGUGCAGUUCAUGGACCGUCUGAAGCUGCUCUUGAUGCCUCUGAAACACCAGCCUGACUUCAUCUACCUGCGCCAUGUCCCGCUGCGCAGGGUCCAUCUCUUCACCUUCCUGCAGGUGGUGUGCCUGGCUCUCCUCUGGAUCCUCAAGUCCACUGUGGCUGCUAUCAUAUUCCCUGUCAUGAUCCUGGCCCUUGUAGCAGUCAGAAAAGCCAUGGACUACCUCUUCUCCCAACAUGACUUAAGCUUCCUUGAUGACGUCAUUCCAGAAAAGGACAAGAAAAAGAAAGAGGACGAGAAGAAGAAGAAGAAGAAGAAGGGCAGUAUGGACAGUGACAAUGAUGAUGAGAAAAAUCACCAACAUUCCUUGAACGCCAUACGUCAUGCUGAUGCAAUUCCUUUCCUUCAGUCACACACCAUGCCAAGCCCUCCACGAACUCCAGUAAAAGUUGUGCCUCAAAUUAGAAUAGAACUUGAGCCUGAAGACAAUGGUUAUUUCUGGAGGAGCAAGGGAACAGAAACUACUUUGUAAUUUGUCUGUCUGUUAAAUCUUUUCUGGAAUUUAUUUUGCCACUAGCCAAAUAUUAAAAUGCUCUCUGCUCCCCACCCGCAAAGGAAAAUGCACCGUCCCCCGGAUCUCCUCCCACCCUUCCUCACCCCGUGUCCCCCCGCUGACCAAGACUGGUUUGGCCUUCUCUGUUGCUUCCACACACCUGUGUCUCUCUGGUGGGCAAGCAGAGAGCAGAAGCAGUAAGGAUCCCAUCUCAUCCCCGUGGGAGCUGGCAGAGGAGCUGGCAUGACUGUUGCUGGGCACCAGUGUUUGUUCCUGUGUCCUGUUUGUCCUCUGGCAGAACAAAACUGACCUCCAGGCUAAUUUGAUGUCUUGCUUCCACUGCUGGAAGAUGCUGGAAAGUGCUGCUAACAGAAACUUGCUCUUCAACCCUGUGCUUGUAGUUACCACGGGAAGGAAAAGGCAAAGGUACUUGACUCCCAGCACAGAGAAACCAUUGCCAUCGUUGUAGCAUGUGUUUUGAAAUGUCCCUUUCCUAUGCAAUUUUUUUUGUUUGUUUUAAGAAACACUUUAAUGGACUUAAUCUGUCAGGUACAUUGAAGAGUGUUAUUUUCCUAGAUUAUUUUGUUUAAAUUAUGGGGGCCUAACCUACAACUUUUUUUUUUUUUGUCAAUUUUUUUAACCUUUUUUUAAUUACUGUAAAGAAAAAUGAAUUUUUCCUGCAGCAGGAAGCAUAUAGUUAUGAGUAGUUCUACCUCUUAUUUCUAGAUGCCAGGCUUUCUGUAAAAAAAAAAAAAAAGUCUUGUACCAUGUAUAAUGUGAUUUUUACAAAAAAAACCCCACAACAAACAAGCAACAAAUCCAUACCACCGCAAUCUUCAGGACAUGGCAUUGGGCUGAAUCAGUUUGAUUAACACCUUCUACUCUGAAGCAUCUGUUUUACUUAGGGUUGUGUGAUUUUAUUUUGGUUUUUCUAAAUAAUCUGACUUCACUCUGAAGGAGACAGGAUGUAACUGAAAUCUGUGGUGAUCUUGGAAGAGUCUUACGUGUCACGGUGGUCAGCAAGCUCCUGAGCAGCCACCAGCCUCAGUGGACAGAUGGUGAUUGUGCUCCUCACCUUGCUGGUUUCCUACACAGUGGUGGUGCAAAUUCCAGGCUUUUGGAACACGGGUGUGUGCAUGUGUGUGUGUAGGUGAGAAGCCCCUAGGUGUGCUUCAGGCAGGCUGACAGCACCAUGGAGGAGAAAGCCAGCUGAAGAUGGCUUGCUGGGAUGUCCAUCCCAAUGCUUGUGUUCACCAGGCUCACCAACUUCUGCAUCCUGUAGCAUCCCACAGCUCUUGUACCAUCGUCUACAGAAUUGACCCUAAUUCUUGACUCCUUGGCCCUAAACCCAUCUGUGGGUCCCUGGUGAGGUGUGGACCCCAUGCAGGCUAGGUGGGGACACACUCAGGCUUGUUGUUUGACACCAAGUGAGCAAAUACCGCCUUGGGAGGGAUGAUUUCUCUCUCUCUCUCUCUCUCUCUCUCUCUCUCUCUCUCUCUCUCUCUCUCUCUAGCAUGGCCGAGUGUGUACUUGUGUGUCAUGCAUUUGGGAAGUUUGGCUCCACCCAGGCAUUGCUUUUGUGGGGAUCGCCUGGACCACACUAAAGGCUUCAGCUAAAAAAUAAAAAAAUAGACAAGAAGAAAGCCCAUCUGUAAAGGGCCAAUUCUCCAGUGGAGGAAAACCCCACCCUGGAGGACAGGGGCGUUGCUGCUGCUUCUGUCCUUGCGAAACCAAAGUCCAUAUUGGUUCAGUAAAGAGGAUUUCAUGAUGGUGCUGAGACCUUAUAUGCCAAAUUUUAUUAUCUACUCACUCGUAGUAUCUGUAUCAGCAAGGAGAGGUGCAGAAGAGGCCUGUGCUGUCCCAGAUAGGCCGUUGAAGGUGCUGGCCACCCCACUGUCCCUACGGCACGUUGGUUAAGGGAUGAGUUGAUGGGGACCAUGCUGGUUUGAGCUAGAUCUGCUGUGCAUGGUGGUGGCUGCAGAAGGUGGCUGGAGCUGCAGAGGUGCCUACACAGCACACACCUGCACACACCUCCCUCCAAACAUUCCUCGCACACUCCUAAGGGGUCUCCCUUUCAGCUUCCAUGAGCCAUGUGUUGGCUCUGAUCAGCAUCCCUGGAAACCAGCCCAAACCCCCGUUGGGAAGGCUGGGGAGAUGCCAGAAGCUGCCAGACAAGGAGCAGCUCUGUGGUCCCUUCUGCUGCCAGGCCCCACCAGCUGGAGGAUGGGGAACCUGGGAAGCAUAAUGGCAGCUUCAACCAAUGCUUUCCAGCCCCUGGUGAACACAAGUCCUGGCUCCUGGUGGGGAAACAGCUUCCAUCAUCACCUGCAAAGUUCAUGGGAGCUUUUUUGGUUUUGGCCACAACUUGGAUUUGUCACAAUCCCAGUGGCUGACAGAGGAAAGAUGGAAGUGGGUGGACGGAGAGAAGCUGCUUUCCUGCUCCCAGUUGGCCCUGUGGCUGGGGAUUGCACAUUUUAGCUUUCCACCUGCUGGCCCUGGCGAUGUGUCUCCACAAAAAUGAGGUCUUCCACUUUCCAACUCUGUUAAAUGUACUUGAAAUGCAUCGACUGCUGAUCUAGAUCUCUCUCCUUUUUUGUUUUUUUCUUGUAACCUGAGGGAGCUGUUGCACAGAGGGUGGCGUUGCUGAAGGGACAGGACAAAAGCUUUGGUAGCUUUCCAUGGAAAACACACCACCUCUGAUGACAGGAGCUGGAGGUGUUCCCUUUCCUGGCACUUGUCCCCAGUGCUCAUUAGGGCUGGUGUCUCUCUUGUUGGGUUUUCCUUUAGAAACAAAGCAAAACUCAGCACAGAGAGAGAGCAAGUGAGAGCUCUUCUGGAGUCAGCAGGCAGGAGACAGAGCCUGCAGGCAGCCCAGGGGGAGUUGCCGUGCACUUCACAGACCUUUGGAAACAAAACUUGUUCUCCAUCAGAACUGGGCAUCUUGUGGGAAAAGCCUAGGUGAGCAUUUUGGGGGAUUCUCCUGAUGUGACCCUGUGACAGCUGCCGAGCUGCAGGCAGCUUUGUCCCAGCCCCAGGAAUGUGGUGGCCCCUCUGCCUCUUCAGCCCAUACUCACUUGUCAUCGUGGCUGAUACAUCUUUGUAAUUUUUUUUUUAUUAUUUUUAAUCAACAUGCACUUUCAGAUACUUUUAUUAUUGUUUUUAAUUCUGUUAAGUCUGUACUUGCUUUGGAGGAAAGAAUAAAACCUUAGUAUAAAAUGAGUGGAUGAAAUGGUGGAAUGAAAAGGAAAAAAACAGAAAGCAUUUCAAGAUAUUAAAAUUAUUUUUUUCCAGUAAUAUAAGACAUUAAAUUCCUUAUAACAUUAUAGUAUUUUACAGUUUUAUGAAGCUUUCUAUUGUGACUUUUAUGGAAUCAAAAGAAGAUGAGAUAUUUUAGCAUUUAUAUUUUUCAAAAUUAAAUGUAUACUGAAAAUAAAGUAACUUUAUGCAUUUA